AUGGAAUGGGUGUUUGCUGUAGUAUUAGCUAUUAGAUUAGUUAAUGUGUUCACCUUGAAGACUUUCUUUCAACCAGAUGAAUUUUAUCAAUCUUUAGAAGUUGCCCAUCGCUUAAUAUUUGGAUAUGGCUACGAAACCUGGGAAUGGAAAGAGGGUUUGCGAUCUUCUUUACAUCCAUUGAUCUAUGCUGUAGGCUAUUAUUUGACGAGAUAUUUGGGAGAAAAUUGGGUAUAUGUGGGUCCCAAAGUGAUUAAUGCUGUAUUAGCAGCAAUUGGAGAAACUUACAUGUACAUAUUUGCUACCAGAUAUAGUAAUAACAGACAGAUAGGUAAAAUCACAUUAAUGCUAUCGAUAUUCAAUCCAUUCAAUUGGUACGUAAUCACUAGAUCAUUUUCCAAUAAUUUGGAAAUGAUAUUAACGUGUAUUGCCCUUGCAUAUUGGCCGUGGAGAUCUAGGAAACCCAUAUAUUUAAGCUGCUUUUUUGCGUUCUUGAGUUGUAUCAUUAGGCCAACCACUGCGAUUAUUUGGUUGAUCUUGGGUAUUUACCAUCUUACUGGCUUGAAGGGUCAAGAGAUAUUCAAGACAUCCGCCAUCUUAAUGGUGGAAUUGAGUGGUUUAUUGGGUGUAGAGACAUUAUGCAAUUAUAAAUUCUAUGGAUACUGGACAUUUCCGUUAUAUAAUUUUAUUCAAUUCAAUAUCAUCAAGAAACUAUCCAUCUUUUAUGGAUCUUCACCAUGGCAUUUCCACAUAUUCCAGUCCUUACCCAUAAUAUUGAUGAUUUACUUGCCUUUCUUCCUUCAUGCUGUGUAUAAGUUCAAGACAUAUAAACAAAUCUUAGGUAUCACAUGUAUGGGAACGAUUACGGUAUUUUCCAUGGUUUCCCAUAAAGAGUUCAGAUUUAUUUAUCCUUUGAUGCCAAUACUUCUACUUAUAACUGCCCAAUCAGUUAAUUUCUUGAUUAAUACUAACAAAAUUGGUAAGAAAGUAAUGGUAUGUUUAACGGUGAUAAACCUAUUUAUUUCAUAUUUCUUCAGUCAAAUCAAUGAGAAAGGUGUAAUUGAAGUCAUAGAUUAUUUGGGUGAAACCAAUGAAAAUUUUGGGUUACUUAUGCCUUGUCAUUCAACACCUUGGCAAAGUCAAUUACAUGAUGAGACCUUUGAAUCUUCAUGGUUUAUAACUUGUGAACCACCAUUACAUUUGAAAUCUUCAGAUGAUAUUAACGCAUACCGUGACGAAUCUGACCAAUUAUUCGAUAAUCCUUCCUUGUUCAUUCAGAAAAAUUUCCCUUAUUCUAUAAACGACCCCCAAGGAAAUUUUAAAUAUGAAUGGCCCCAGAGAUUAGUGAUUUUUGAAGCCUUUGAUGAGAUCAAACCCAUCCUUGAACACAAAGGGUAUCAACCAUGUAAAACUUUCUUCAAUAGUUAUUUCCAUUGGGAUGAUAGAAGACGAGGAGAUCUAAUCAUUUACUGUAAACCUACUUCAUAUUAG